AUGGGAAGGCGUGUGAAGGUGUUUGAAGGUGUGGGAAGGCGUGUGAAGGUGUGUGAAGGUGUGAGAAGGCGUAUGAAGGUGUGUGUGAAGAUGUAUGAAGGUGUGGGAAGGUGUUUGAAGGCGUGUGAAGGCAUGGGAAGGCGUGUGAAGGUGUUUGAAGGUGUGGGAAGGCGUGUGAAGGUGUUUGAAGGUCGUCUGCUGACCUCCUGUGACUUUAACGACGAAAAUCAACCCUUCUGCCAGUUCAGUCAGGACUCAACGGAUAAUGGCGACUGGACGCGACACAAGGGUCUGACCCCGACGCCGGGGACGGGUCCCUCUGGAGACUACCCUGAUGGACUGGGAUAUUACAUCUACCAAGAAGGCGACAACGUGGCAAACGGGCGUAAAGUCCGUCUGCUGAGUCCUGCGCUCUUGACGGCCGCCUCCUAUAUUUGCAUCCAGUUUCGGUACUACAUGUAUGGAUCCGACAGUCAAAACAAGUUGACGGUCCUGGCAAAGACUUCGAGUACGGAGUAUGAGGCAUGGAGCAAGACUGGUUUCCAGAGUCCAUCCUGGCUUGGAGGUGCCGUCACCGUGUCGAAACCAAUCAACGAAGCAGUCACUAUUGUGUUCGAGGCUCAGAGAGGACUCAACGCUUCCUGUGACUCAGCGCUGGAUAACAUCGUCAUUACGGAAGAAGCCUGUCCUGCUUGCAUUGCCAGCUGUGACUUUGACAUCUUGGGCAACCUUUGUGGCUGGUCCACUCACACAGACAACCCUGACGUAUUCGGUUUUGAGCCGUGGAUCGGCCCGACAGAUACCCAGGGCACCGGACCUGAUGAUGACUUCUCCAAACCUGGACUGGGAGCCUACAUGCUGAUGAAUUCUGCGGAUGGUAACCCUGGCGAUCAGGGUCAAAUUAGAAGUCCUGUCAUCACUCCAUCUUCCGGAUGCCUGGACCUCACGUUUUAUUACUACCUGUAUGGAACCAGCGCUAAUAUGGAGCUUAGUGUACACACCAUUAAUGCGGGUGGAACCCUCGGACCCGCUAUCUUUACCGUCAGGGGCAACAAGGGUCAAGCCUGGAAGCUCGCAGAAGUGCGCUACCUAGGAACCAGUGCCAUCCAGUUUGUUAUUGUAGGAACCUUCGGAGAGACCCUCCUGACUGAUAUCGCUGUAGAUGCUGUGUGUGUCAUGGCUUGUCAAGGUCUACUAACGACACCACUACCACCGGCGUCUACUCCAACACCAACUCCCGGAGUGACUACAGUGACACCAACAACUCCAGGACCGACAACACCAAAACCAAUCCGGUGCCCUCCAAAUGCAGACUACAUAGAAUGUGGACCGGCUUGUAUCCCUACUUGCAUGGAACCUUCCAGCAACUGUAGUGGUUCCUGUAUCACUGGCUGCUUUUGCAAACCAGGCUUUGUCUUCAAGGGAAAACACUGCGUUCCACUGGAGAAAUGCGGUUGCCUGGAUGACCACAAUAACUAUUACGAGCCUGGCCAGAUUGUAUUUGGAGACGGCUGCUCAAAGCUGUGUCGCUGUGCAGGGAACUAUACUUUGGAAUGUGUGGAUAACUCCUGUGAUCCCACUGAGGAGUGUCGUGAGGUUAAUGGUGUUCCCGGAUGCUACCCUAAAGGUACAUCGUCAUGCAUAGCAUCUGGCGAUCCACAUUACACAACUUUCGACAAACGCAAGUACAACUUCAUGGGCAACUGCAGUUAUUUGAUGGCUGGGAUCUGCAACACAUCGUCAGCUUUGCCACUUUUUGAGGUCCACACUGACAAUGAAAACCGCUACAACAGGCCCACCAUCUCAUACGUUAAGGCGGUCCAUGUGUUUGUAUUGGAUCCCAAUGGAACGUCCUCAAUCUUCCAGUGGGGCACUGUGCAUAAUGUCUCCAUCUUCAAAGGAGGCACCGUGCAUGUUAAUGGCAUAAAAGUCAACCUGCCACUGAGUCCGUUUCCAGGUGUCUCUGUAUUCAAAUCAGGGAAACAUUACACCGUGUCCUUGGAUUUUGGUGUGACGGUGCGCUACGAUGGAAACCAUUUCAUGGACAUCAAAGUGAUUAAAGACUAUAAGAACUUACUCUGUGGACUGUGUGGAAAUUACAACGGGGACGCCAAGGACGACUUCCACAUCCCUAAUGGGUCAUUAACCAACGAUCCUAAUGAGUUUGGACACAGCUGGAACAUGGAUCCAGAGUGUAACGCUAAGCCCAACACCACUAUUCCUGGGUGUGGGGAAGACGAGCAGACGCUGUAUGAGAGCUCUGGAUAUUGUGGCAUUAUUUUGGACAAAAAUGGUCCUUUUGCUGUGUGUCACUCCAAAGUCAACCCCAAUAGUUACUUCAAGGACUGUGUCUUUGAUCUUUGUGAGCUGGACGGAGCGCCUUCCAUCCUGUGCGAAGCCAUUGAAGCCUAUGCCACUGAGUGCCAGGAUCGUGGGGUCCCGAUCGGAUCCUGGAGGAACCAAACCAUCUGUCCUUUGAGCUGCCCACCCAACAGCCAUUACAAGCCUUGUGCAGAUCCCUGUCAAGAGACGUGUUCUGGGAGACCGCCUGGCUGCAGCGGACCAUGCACUGAGUCCUGUGUGUGUAAUCCUGGCUACAUUCUAAGUGCUGGAAAAUGUGUGAACAACAGUGCCUGUGGCUGCCAACACACCAACGGCCAGUAUUACCAGCCUGGAGAGGAGUUCUACACUGAGAACUGUACCCAGAAGUGUAGAUGUGAAGCCCCCUCUGUUCUUUGUAACCCAUCUGGCUGUCCCCCAAAGCAUGAGUGUCAAGUACAGGAAGGAGAGUUGGGCUGUUUUCCUACAGGAUCAACUACACCUCAACCAACUAGUCCCGGAGUGACUUCACCUGAACCUUCAACUCCAAGACCAACAACACCAAAACCAAUCCAAUGCCCUCCAAAUGCAGACUACAUUGAUUGUGGUCCGGCUUGUGUCCCUACUUGCAUGGAACCUUCCAGCAACUGUAGUGGUUCCUGUAUCACUGGCUGCUUUUGCAAACCAGGCUUUGUCUUCAAGGGAAAACACUGCGUUCCACUGGAGGAAUGCGGUUGCCUGGAUGACCACAAUAACUAUUACGAGCCUGGCCAGAUUGUAUUUGGAGACGGCUGCUCAAAGCUAUGUCGCUGUGCAGGGAACUACACUUUGGAAUGUGUGGAUAACUCCUGUGAUCCCACUGAGGAGUGUCGUGAGGUUAAUGGUGUUCCCGGAUGCUACCCUAAAGGUACAUCGUCUUGCAUAGCAUCUGGCGAUCCACAUUACACAACUUUCGACAAACGCAAGUACAACUUCAUGGGCAACUGCAGUUAUUUGAUGGCUGGGAUCUGCAACACAUCGUCAGCUUUGCCACUUUUUGAGGUCCACACUGACAAUGAAAACCGCUACAACAGGCCCACCAUCUCAUACGUUAAGGCGGUCCAUGUGUUUGUAUUGGAUCCCAAUGGAACGUCCUCAAUCUUCCAGUGGGGCACUGUGCAUAAUGUCUCCAUCUUCAAAGGAGGCACCGUGCAUGUUAAUGGCAUAAAAGUCAACCUGCCACUGAGUCCGUUUCCAGGUGUCUCUGUAUUCAAAUCAGGGAAACAUUACACCGUGUCCUUGGAUUUUGGUGUGACGGUGCGCUACGAUGGAAACCAUUUCAUGGACAUCAAAGUGAUUAAAGACUAUAAGAACUUACUCUGUGGACUGUGUGGAAAUUACAACGGGGACGCCAAGGACGACUUCCACAUCCCUAAUGGGUCAUUAACCAACGAUCCUAAUGAGUUUGGACACAGCUGGAACAUGGAUCCAGAGUGUAACGUUAAGCCCAACACCACUAUUCCUGGGUGUGGGGAAGACGAGCAGACGCUGUAUGAGAGCUCUGGAUAUUGUGGCAUUAUUUUGGACAAAAAUGGUCCUUUUGCUGUGUGUCACUCCAAAGUCAACCCCAAUAGUUACUUCAAGGACUGUGUCUUUGAUCUUUGUGAGCUGGACGGAGCGCCUUCCAUCCUGUGCGAAGCCAUUGAAGCCUAUGCCACUGAGUGCCAGGAUCGUGGGGUCCCGAUCGGAUCCUGGAGGAACCAAACCUUCUGUCCUUUGGGCUGCCCACCCAACAGCCAUUACAAGCCUUGUGCAGAUCCCUGUCAAGAGACGUGUUCUGGGAGACCGCCUGGCUGCAGCGGACCAUGCACUGAGUCCUGUGUGUGUAAUCCUGGCUACAUUCUAAGUGCUGGAAAAUGCGUGAACAACAGUUCCUGUGGCUGCCAACACACCAAUGGCCAGUAUUACCAGCCUGGAGAGGAGUUCUACACUGAGAACUGUACCCAGAAGUGUAGAUGUGAAGCCCCCUCUGUUUUUUGUAACCCAUCUGGCUGUCCCCCAAAGCAUGAGUGUCAAGUACAGGAAGGAGAGUUGGGCUGUUUUCCUACAGGAUCAACUACACCUCAACCAACUAGUCCUGGAGUGACUUCACCUGAACCUUCAACUCCAAGACCAACAACACCAAAACCAAUCCAGUGCCCUCCAAAUGCAGACUACAUUGAAUGUGGUCCGGCUUGUAUCCCUACUUGCAUGGAACCUUCCCGCAACUGUAGUGGUUCCUGUAUCACUGGCUGCUUUUGCAAACCAGGCUUUGUCUUCAAGGGAAAACACUGCGUUCCACUGGAGAAAUGCGGUUGCCUGGAUGACCAAAAUAACUAUUACGAGCCUGGCCAGAUUGUAUUUGGUGACGGCUGCUCAAAGCUGUGUCGCUGUGCAGGGAACUACACUUUGGAAUGUGUGGAUAACUCCUGUGAUCCCACUGAGGAGUGUCGUGAGGUUAAUGGUGUUCCCGGAUGCUACCCUAAAGGUACAUCGUCAUGCAUAGCAUCUGGCGAUCCACACUACACAACUUUCGACAAACGCAAGUACAACUUCAUGGGCAACUGCAGUUAUUUGAUGGCUGGGAUCUGCAACAUAUCAUCAGCUUUGCCACUUUUCGAGGUCCACACUGACAAUGAAAACCGCUACAACAGGCCCACCAUCUCAUACGUUAAGGCGGUCCAUGUGCUUGUAUUGUAUCCCAAUGGGACGUCCUCAAUCUUCCAGUGGGGCACUGUGCAUAAUGUCUCCAUCUUCAAAGGAGGCACCGUGCAUGUUAAUGGCAUUAAAGUCAACCUGCCACUGAGUCCGUUUCCAGGUGUCUCUGUAUUCAAAUCAGGGAAACAUUACACCGUGUCCUUGGAUUUUGGUGUGACGGUGCGCUACGAUGGAAACCAUUUCAUGGACAUCAAAGUGAUUAAAGACUAUAAGAACUUACUCUGUGGACUGUGUGGAAAUUACAACGGGGACGCCAAGGACGACUUCCGCAUCCCUAAUGGGUCAUUAACCAACGAUCCUAAUGAGUUUGGACACAGCUGGAACAUGAAUCCAGAGUGUAAUGCUAAGCCCAACACCACUAUUCCUGGGUGUGGGGAAGACGAGCAGACGCUGUAUGAGAGCUCUGGAUAUUGUGGCAUUAUUUUGGACAAAAAUGGUCCUUUUGCUGUGUGUCACUCCAAAGUCAACCCCAAUAGUUACUUCAAGGACUGUGUCUUUGAUCUUUGUGAGCUGGACGGAGCGCCUUCCAUCCUGUGCGAAGCCAUUGAAGCCUAUGCCACUGAGUGCCAGGAUCGUGGGGUCCCGAUCGGAUCCUGGAGGAACCAAACCUUCUGUCCCUUGAGCUGCCCACCCAACAGCCAUUACAAGCCUUGUGCAGAUCCCUGUCAAGAGACGUGUUCUGGGAGACCGCCUGGCUGCAGCGGACCAUGCACUGAGUCCUGUGUGUGUAAUCCUGGCUACAUUCUAAGUGCUGGAAAAUGCGUGAACAACAGUUCCUGUGGCUGCCAACACACCAACGGCCAGUAUUACCAGCCUGGAGAGGAGUUCUACACUGAGAACUGUACCCAGAAGUGUAGAUGUGAAGCCCCCUCUGUUUUUUGUAACCCAUCUGGCUGUCCCCCAAAGCAUGAGUGUCAAGUACAGGAAGGAGAGUUGGGCUGUUUUCCUACAGGAUCAACUACACCUCAACCAACUAGUCCUGGAGUGACUUCACCUGAACCUUCAACUCCAAGACCAACAACACCAAAACCAAUCCAGUGCCCUCCAAAUGCAGACUACAUUGAAUGUGGUCCGGCUUGUAUCCCUACUUGCAUGGAACCUUCCAGCAACUGUAGUGGUUCCUGUAUCACUGGCUGCUUUUGCAAACCAGGCUUUGUCUUCAAGGGAAAACACUGCGUUCCACUGGAGGAAUGCGGUUGCCUGGAUGACCACAAUAACUAUUACGAGCCUGGCCAGAUUGUAUUUGGAGACGGCUGCUCAAAGCUGUGUCGCUGUGCAGGGAACUACACUUUGGAAUGUGUGGAUAACUCCUGUGAUCCCACUGAGGAGUGUCGUGAGGUUAAUGGUGUUCCCGGAUGCUACCCUAAAGGUACAUCGUCAUGCAUAGCAUCUGGCGAUCCACACUACACAACUUUUGACAAACGCAAGUACAACUUCAUGGGCAACUGCAGUUAUUUGAUGGCUGGGAUCUGCAACAUAUCAUCAGCUUUGCCACUUUUCGAGGUCCACACUGACAAUGAAAACCGCUACAACAGGCCCACCAUCUCAUACGUUAAGGCGGUCCAUGUGCUUGUAUUGUAUCCCAAUGGGACGUCCUCAAUCUUCCAGUGGGGCACUGUGCAUAAUGUCUCCAUCUUCAAAGGAGGCACCGUGCAUGUUAAUGGCAUAAAAGUCAACCUGCCGCUGAGUCCAUUUCCAGGUGUCUCUGUGUUCAAAUCAGGGAAGCACUACACCGUGUCCUUGGAUUUUGGUGUGACGGUGCGCUACGAUGGAAACCAUUUCAUGGACAUCAAAGUGAUUAAAGACUAUAAGAACUUACUGUGUGGACUGUGUGGAAAUUACAACGGGGACGCCAAGGACGACUUCCGCACCCCUAAUGGGUCAUUAACCAACGAUCCUAAUGAGUUUGGACACAGCUGGAACAUGGAUCCAGAGUGUAACGCUAAGCCCAACACCACUAUUCCUGGGUGUGGGGAAGACGAGCAGACGCUGUAUGAGAGCUCUGGAUAUUGUGGCAUUAUUUUGGACAAAAAUGGUCCUUUUGCUGUGUGUCACUCCAAAGUCAACCCCAAUAGUUACUUCAAGGACUGUGUCUUUGAUCUUUGUGAGCUGGACGGAGCGCCUUCCAUCCUGUGCGAAGCCAUUGAAGCCUAUGCCACUGAGUGCCAGGAUCGUGGGGUCCCGAUCGGAUCCUGGAGGAACCAAACCUUCUGUCCUUUGAGCUGCCCACCCAACAGCCAUUACAAGCCUUGUGCAGAUCCCUGUCAAGAGACGUGUUCUGGGAGACCGCCUGGCUGCAGCGGACCAUGCACUGAGUCCUGUGUGUGUAAUCCUGGCUACAUUCUAAGUGCUGGAAAAUGCGUGAACAACAGUUCCUGUGGCUGCCAACACACUAACGGCCAGUAUUACCAGCCUGGAGAGGAGUUCUACACUGAGAACUGUACCCAGAAGUGUAGAUGUGAAGCCCCCUCUGUUCUUUGUAACCCAUCUGGCUGUCCCCCAAAGCAUGAGUGUCAAGUACAGGAAGGAGAGUUGGGCUGUUUUCCUACAGGAUCAACUACACCUCAACCAACUAGUCCUGGAGUGACUUCACCUGAACCUUCAACUCCAAGACCAACAACACCAAAACCAAUCCAGUGCCCUCCAAAUGCAGACUACAUUGAAUGUGGUCCGGCUUGUAUCCCUACUUGCAUGGAACCUUCCCGCAACUGUAGUGGUUCCUGUAUCACUGGCUGCUUUUGCAAACCAGGCUUUGUCUUCAAGGGAAAACACUGCGUUCCACUGGAGAAAUGCGGUUGCCUGGAUGACCAAAAUAACUAUUACGAGCCUGGCCAGAUUGUAUUUGGUGACGGCUGCUCAAAGCUGUGUCGCUGUGCAGGGAACUACACUUUGGAAUGUGUGGAUAACUCCUGUGAUCCCACUGAGGAGUGUCGUGAGGUUAAUGGUGUUCCCGGAUGCUACCCUAAAGGUACAUCGUCAUGCAUAGCAUCUGGCGAUCCACACUACACAACUUUCGACAAACGCAAGUACAACUUCAUGGGCAACUGCAGUUAUUUGAUGGCUGGGAUCUGCAACAUAUCAUCAGCUUUGCCACUUUUCGAGGUCCACACUGACAAUGAAAACCGCUACAACAGGCCCACCAUCUCAUACGUUAAGGCGGUCCAUGUGCUUGUAUUGUAUCCCAAUGGGACGUCCUCAAUCUUCCAGUGGGGCACUGUGCAUAAUGUCUCCAUCUUCAAAGGAGGCACCGUGCAUGUUAAUGGCAUUAAAGUCAACCUGCCACUGAGUCCGUUUCCAGGUGUCUCUGUAUUCAAAUCAGGGAAACAUUACACCGUGUCCUUGGAUUUUGGUGUGACGGUGCGCUACGAUGGAAACCAUUUCAUGGACAUCAAAGUGAUUAAAGACUAUAAGAACUUACUGUGUGGACUGUGUGGAAAUUACAACGGGGACGCCAAGGACGACUUCCGCACCCCUAAUGGGUCAUUAACCAACGAUCCUAAUGAGUUUGGACACAGCUGGAACAUGGAUCCAGAGUGUAACGCUAAGCCCAACACCACUAUUCCUGGGUGUGGGGAAGACGAGCAGACGCUGUAUGAGAGCUCUGGAUAUUGUGGCAUUAUUUUGGACAAAAAUGGUCCUUUUGCUGUGUGUCACUCCAAAGUCAACCCCAAUAGUUACUUCAAGGACUGUGUCUUUGAUCUUUGUGAGCUGGAUGGAGCGCCUUCCAUCCUGUGCGAAGCCAUUGAAGCCUAUGCCACUGAGUGCCAGGAUCGUGGGGUCCCGAUCGGAUCCUGGAGGAACCAAACCUUCUGUCCUUUGAGCUGCCCACCCAACAGCCAUUACAAGCCUUGUGCAGAUCCCUGUCAAGAGACGUGUUCUGGGAGACCGCCUGGCUGCAGCGGACCAUGCACUGAGUCCUGUGUGUGUAAUCCUGGCUACAUUCUAAGUGCUGGAAAAUGCGUGAACAACAGUUCCUGUGGCUGCCAACACACCAACGGCCAGUAUUACCAGCCUGGAGAGGAGUUCUACACUGAGAACUGUACCCAGAAGUGUAGAUGUGAAGCCCCCUCUGUUCUUUGUAACCCAUCUGGCUGUCCCCCAAAGCAUGAGUGUCAAGUACAGGAAGGAGAGUUGGGCUGUUUUCCUACGGGAUCAACAACACCUCAACCAACAUACCGCCCAGAUACUACACCUGAUGUAACAAUACCAGUAGUUUCUACACCACAACCAACAACUCCUGGAGUUACAACACCAAGUCAGUGCCCCCCAAAUGCUGACUUCAUAGAAUGUGGCCCAGCUUGUAUCCCUACUUGCAUGGAACCUUCCAGCAACUGUAGCGGCUCUUGUAUCACUGGUUGCUUUUGCAAACCAGGCUUUGUCUUCAAAGGAAAACACUGCGUGCCAUUGGAGAAGUGUGGUUGCUUGGAUGACCACAACAACUAUUACGAGCCUGGACAAAUCCUAUACGGAGACGGUUGCUCAAAGCUGUGUCGUUGUGUCGGGAACUACACUUUUGAAUGUGAGGAUAGCUCUUGCGGUCCAACUGAGGAGUGUCGCGAGGUUAAUGGCAUACCAGGAUGCUACACUAAAGGUUCUGCAACGUGCGUGGCGCACAGCGACCCGCACUACACAACCUUCGAUGGCGUCAUGUACAGUUUCAUGGGCAACUGCAGUUACCUGAUGUCGGCCGUCUGCAAUGCGACAUUAUUACCCGACUUCGAGGUGUACGCCGACAACGAAAAUAGAUACAACAACCCCGCCAUCUCCUAUGUGAAGGCAGUGCACGUGUACGUGCGCCAGGUCAAGGUGUCCAUCCUCAAAGGCGGCACGGUUCACGUAAAUGGGUCCAAAGUCAACCUGCCCGUGUCUCCGGCGCCGGGUGUCUCGGUGUUCCGGUCAGGAAGACACUACACAGUGUCAAUGGAAUUUGGCGUUGUUGUGCGCUAUGAUGGCAACCAGUUUAUGGACAUCAAAUUGAUUCAAGACUAUAAGAACACAUUGUGUGGAAUGUGUGGCAACUACAAUGGAAUCUCCAUUGAUGAUUUCCGCAAGCCGGACGGGACGGUGACCGGUAAUAUCAAUGACUUCGGACAUAGCUGGAACAUCGAUCCAGACUGUAAGAAACACAACAUCACUACGCCCGAAUGCAACGAGGAAGAUGAGAAGCUGUACGAGAGCUCCGCCUACUGUGGCCUUCUAUUGGACAAGAACGGACCUUUUGCUGUGUGUCACCCCAAAGUCAACCCCAAUAAUUACUUCCAAGACUGUGUCUUUGAUCUUUGCGCACUGGAUGGUGCUAAGCCUGCUUUGUGCGACGCCAUUGAAGCCUACGCCAACGAGUGCCAGGACCGUGGGGUCAAAAUUGGACCCUGGAGGAACCAAACCUUCUGUCCGCUGAGCUGCCCCCCCAACAGCCACUACAAUCCCUGCGCGGACCCCUGUCAGGAGACAUGUUCCGGAAAGCCCCCCUCCUGCGAGGGACCGUGCGCGGAGUCGUGCGUGUGUGACCCCGGCUACAUUUUGAGUGGUGGACAAUGCGUGGACAGGAGUUCCUGUGGCUGCCAACACACCAACGGCCAGUAUUACCAGCCUGGAGAGGAGUUCUACGAUAAAGAUUGCGAGCAAAAGUGCCGAUGUGACGCCCCUUCUGUUAGCUGUAAGCCAUCUCAGUGCCCCCCGAUGCACCAGUGUUUGCUUCUAGAAGGACACCUGGGCUGCUACCCUACCAGCUCAAAGGACUGCAUUGUCUACGGAGAUCCACACUACAACACUUUUGACAAGAAGUUCUACAGUUUUAUGGGCACGUGUACCUACACGCUGGCCAGAACCUGCCGGAACAACACAGGUCCGUGGUUCUCGGUGGAGGGCAAGAAUGAGGAACGAGGAGUGUCAGGAGUGUCGUACCUGAGAAAACUCUACAUCACUGUGGACGGAAUAACACUUACUUUGAUGAAAGCCAGGAGGACUCUGGUGAACGGGCGACGUGUAGCGCUACCUAAUUCGCCAUCUCCUAAGAUGACGGUCAGUCUAGCUGGUCAGUACGUCACCGUGCAGACGUCCUUUGGUCUUCGAGUACGUUGGGAUGGAAAGCAUCACGCCCAAAUCUCUGUCCCCAGUUCGUACUAUGACCAGAUGUGUGGACUUUGCGGCGACUUUGACGGAAACCCCGACAACGACUUCACCAAACCAGACGGCGCUCUGGUGGCCAAUGUUAACGAUUUCUGCAACAGCUGGCAGACGGAAAAAGAUGAGGAUGACUCGUGUUCGCCGGGCACCAAACCCGAUCCAGACUGCAAGCCCGAACUUCAUGCUGAGGUGGUGAAACCUGAAAAAUGCGGCAAAAUCAAUGAUACUGCUGGACCUUUCCGGGAGUGCCUCAACGUGGUGAAUCCCAGCCCGUUCUUCCAGAGCUGCGUGUACGACAUGUGUCAGUUUGAAGGUCAACAGCAGGUCCUGUGUGACCAAUUGCAAGCAUACACUGACGCCUGUCACAGCGCCGGAGUCAAAGUCCACCAGUGGAGGUCGCCACAAUUUUGCCCGCUGGAGUGUCCAGCCAACAGCUCGUACUCACUGUGUGUGAGCUCCUGCUCUGAGACAUGUUUGGGAGUGGUAGGACCCCCAGGCUGUCAGGACGUUUGCGUGGAAGGAUGCCAGUGUGACCCUGGAUUCAUCCUGAGCGACGAAAAGUGUGUCCCCCUCAAAGACUGUGGCUGUGUCGACGCCAGCGGGACAUACCAUCCUGUGGGUGAUGAGUGGUUGUCGGAGGGUUGUAAGAAGAAGUGUUGGUGUCAAAGUGGACCGUUGAUGCAGUGCUCUAACAGCAGCUGUAACGCCAACACUGAAAGUUGUCAGCUCCACCAAGGAGAGUACCAAUGUCGCCCCCUAGGAAACGGUAUCUGUUCGGUGUCAGGGGACCCCCACUACACCACAUUUGACAAGCGGACCCACCACUACAUGGGGGCCUGCUCUUACACCCUGACAACGCCCUGCAACUCCUCCAACAGCAUGCCCUACUUCAGCGUAGCCACCCAGAACGAGCACAGGGGAAGUAACAAGAAAAUUUCUUACGUCAAGGCUGUGAUGAUUGACGUGAACGGUGUGACCGUCAUCCUCGACAAGGGACGAGUGGUCCAGGUUAAUGGGUCAGUGGUGGUUCCUCCCGUCAAGUUCAUCAGCGACAUGACUAUUUACCUCAGCGGUAAAUUCAUCAUCCUGGAGACCUCUUUUGGAUUGAGGGUGCGAUUUGACGGCAACCACCACGUGGACGUCAAGGUGCCCACUUCCUACAAUGGGCAGCUUUGCGGAAUGUGCGGAAAUUUCAAUGGGAAUCCAAAAGAUGACAACCUAAAGCCAGACAACACUCCAGCCGCUAACACAAACGACCUGGGAGACAGCUGGGAGGUUCCUGAUCCCCGACCUGAUUGUAGGAAUGGCGGUGGCCAGAACGACUGCGAUAUAAUGGUGGAGGAGGACGCCAAGAAACCAACGAGCUGCGGCAUGAUCACAGACCCUGACGGCGUCUUCAAGCCCUGUCACUCUGUCAUUCCUCCCGAGGCCUUCUUAGAAAACUGCAUAUAUGACAUGUGUGCCACGGGGGGGCAGACUGUGGCGCUGUGCCAAGCCUUGGAAAGCUACGCCGACAUGUGUGCUGUCGCUGACGUCCCCAUUUCUUGGAGGAAUGCCACUUUUUGCCCUCUGAAGUGCCCCGCUGGUAGUCACUACACACACUGUGGUCCCGCAUGCCCACAACCCAGCUGCCAGGACCCUGCCGGGCCAGGUGGUGCCUGCGACCAUCCCUGCGUGGAGGGCUGCGUCUGCAACGCCGGACUCAUUCUAAGCGGUGACAAAUGUGUGCCACUAAGCGAGUGCGGGUGCUUGGACAACGAGGGAAAAUAUAAACCGGUGGGAGAUACCUGGUUUUCCGAGACGGACUGCUCGCAGCGUUGUAAGUGUAACAACAACUUGAAUGUGACCUGUGAGCCAUGGUGGUGUAGCCCAGCGCAGGAGUGCAAAGUGCUGGAUGGCGUGCUGGACUGCCACUCCACUAGUCAAGGUGUAUGUCAUGUCGCUGGAGACCCUCACUACUACACCUUCGAUGGCGUGAUGCACACCUUCAUGGGCACCUGCACCUACACUCUGGUCGAGGUGUGUAACACCACGAGGGUGACAACAUUCAAGAUAGUGGCGAAAAACGAGGAGCGCGGUCAACCAGAGGCGUCGUAUGUCCGUUCUGUGAAAGUUUACCUCCCUCAUGACACGGAAAUCGAACUACAGAAAGGCCGCAGAGUUCUGCUCAACGGUCGUCGUGUGCGGACGCCCAUUUCAGUGAGUGCUGCCGGCGCCAAGGUGAUAACCAGCGGCGCGUACAACCUGCUGGAUACAAAUUUUGGUCUGCAAGUGAAAUUCGACGGCGUUCAUCACCUGGAGAUCACUGUGCCCGGCGAAUACUUCAACAAGCUGUGUGGCAUGUGCGGCAAUUACAACCACAACACAUCUGACGACAACCUGAAGCCCGACAAGAAACCUGCCAAGGACGUCAUUGAACUGGGCAACAGCUGGAAGUCCGAGGGUGACAGUGACCCUGGCUGUCAACCAGACACUCGCCCGGAUGUCCACCCCAACUGCACAGCGGUGGAGGAGACGCAAUAUGAGGACCAGUGUGCUAGUGUCAUUCUGUCUGAUCGUUUCAAACCGUGCCACUCUCUGGUGCCCCCGGAGGCCUUCAUUGGGAACUGCGUUUACGACAUGUGCGAGUACGACGGCAUGCCGGCCACGCUCUGUGACAAUGUGGAGGCGUACGCUCAGGCGUGCCACAGCGCUGGCGUGACCAUUAGCUGGAGGAACCAAACGUUCUGUCCCUUGCCUUGCCCUCUUCACAGCCACUACUCCCAAUGUACCGCUCCCUGCCCUCCGACCUGCUCCGAUCUUUUCCCGAUUGUUUGCCAUCUGCCACCCAGCGCCUGCGUGGAAGGCUGCCAGUGCGAUGCCGGCUUUGUCCUCAGCGACGGCAAAUGUGUGCCGCUCAACAAAUGCGGCUGCCUGGAUUCAGAUGGAGAGUACCAUGAUGUGGGAGACUCGUGGCUGACGGACAGAUGUGUUGAGAAGUGCGUGUGUGACCUGGGAGGCCAGAUCACCUGCAGGAUCCACAGCUGCGAUUCCAACUCGGUGUGCGCCCUGGACAAACUUGGAGACGUCUACUGCAAGCCUGCCAAGUUCGACAAGUGCAGCGUGUCAGGGGACCCUCACUACCGAACUUUCGAUGGUUUUUCGCAUCACUUCCAGGGCCCGUACACUUACAUCCUGACUCGGGAUCACGGCCUGCAGGGCUCGCUCGUGCCGCUGACGAUACGGGGUAAGAACGUCCGACGCGGUGGGAACAAGAGGGUGUCCUUCCUGGACCAGAUGUAUGUGGAUGUUUACGGCGUCAACAUCCGGUUCCUGCAGAAGAAGGCAGUCCUGGUGAAUGGGGAGAGCGUUUCGCCACCUCUCAGCCCGGUUCACGGGUUAACCAUCACGAUGAACUCCAGACAGGUGCAGUUAGCCGCCGACUUUGGACUCACGGUGCGCUUCGACGGGAAAAGUCGUGGAGAGAUCAUUCUACCAAGCACCUAUCAGAACGCUGUGAGAGGGCUGUGCGGAAACUACGAUGACAACGCCAGAAAUGAAUACAUGAAGCCGGACGGGACGCUAGUCGGGAACCUGAAUGUGUUUGGAGAAAGCUGGCGCGUUACCGACAGACUGUUUGACGGUCCCGGAAGUGAUGAACCUCCAAGCAGCGCACACAUUUACAGGCGAGAAAGGGACACAGAACCAGAUUCAGGCUUUGAGACGUCCGACUGUUCCGAGGAUGAGCUGACCAUCUACAACGACACCGCUAAAUGUGGAGCACUCGCUCAGCCGACUGGACCGUUUUCUGCCUGUCACGCGAUCUUACCGCCUACAAGCUACCAGGACGACUGUGUGUUCGACCUGUGUGCUGAGAAGGGCAGUGAAGAGUUACGCUGUGCUAGCUACGAAGCUUAUGCUGCUGCCUGUCAGGAGGCAGGAGUCCCCCUGGGACCAUGGAGGCAACAACUAGCCUGUGAGUUGUCGUGCCAAGCGAACAGCAGCUACUUGUCCUGCAUGUCGCAGUGCCCCUCUUCCUGUGCCGACCUGGCGGCCCCGUCGCAGUGUGAUGUCACUUCCUGCGCGGAGGGCUGCCAGUGCAACGCUGGCUUCGUCAUGAGCGAGGGCGCGUGCAUGCCAUAUGCCCAGUGCGGCUGCAUGUUCCUCGACAGAUACUACCCCCUGAAGGAAACCUUCGUGACAGAAGACUGUUCUCAGGCAUGUACAUGCACCGCCACUGGCGUCGUGUGCCUGGACAAAAGAUGCCAGGAGGGAUACGUCUGCACUGUCUACAACUACAAACGCGACUGCCAUAAAGCGAGUCCUUGCCUGAGUAGCCCGUGUCUCAACGGAGGACUCUGUAACGAGGCCGGCAACGUCUCCUACACCUGUGUCUGCACUGAAGGCUACCAAGGACUCAACUGUGAGAUCGAGAUCACGCCUGAGACUGGAGGACUUGAAACCAAAUGGAUCAUCCUGAUUGCCGUGCUGGUGUCCCUGGUCGUCAUCGUCAUUGUUGUGGUCACCAUCGUGUGCGUUUGCAAAAGCACAAGAUCACACGUUUAUGUAAUUCAGAAGACGCUGUCAUCUCACAGUAGGAAAAACAAGAGCAAGGAACAAGAUCUCAGCAUGAAUUCAACCAGUGUACCCUAUGAAAACAUGGAUGCAGACAGAAGCAACAACAUGACCACUAUGUGAUCACACCUUGAAUUUUGCAAUUGUAUUCGAUAGUAAAAUACAUCAAAUGUCAUCUGGGCUCAAUGCUCUUCAUAUAUAUUCUGUGUGUUAACUUAAGCUGUAACAAAUAAAA